AUGGGCUCUAUACGGAUAUCGCGGCGCACUAACCCCCUUACAAUAAUUGGGGGGGUUAUACUUUGUAUCAUAACAUUCUUCUUUUUUUCAUCCCAUUCCAAUACUGACAAGGUGGCUUCUCAACUUCGAACCGCAGGCUCUACAUCAAAUUCUCUAUUCCCUCACACCUCUCCCUUUCGAAAGCGGCAAAGAAAUACUGAUGGUAGUCGAAAACCUCCUCCAGUGGUGCACUAUCAAAUGAAUAGUGUUUCAACCUCUAGCGAUCCUGUCGGCAAUCGAGAGAGAGUACUUAUUUUAACGCCCCUGGAACGGUUUUACCAAGGAUACUGGGACAAUCUAAUGCUCUUAUCAUAUCCCCACGAACUUAUCACCCUUGGAUUCAUAAUUCCAAAGAAUAGGCAAGGAAAUAUUGCAAUGGCAGCUCUACAAGAGCAAAUUGCCAAAACACAAAAGUUAGGACCAGCCAAAGAUAAAUUUGCAAGUAUUAUUGUUGAAAGGCAAGACUUCGAAUUUCCAUUAGCCUCUCAAAGCGACGCCGAACGUCACAAACUUGAGAGCCAGAAGAUUAGGCGUGCAGCUAUGUCAAAGGCUAGGAACUCCCUUCUUUUCACAACCCUUGGUCCUGCGAUUUCCUGGGUGCUUUGGAUAGACUCUGAAAUAAUUGAAACACCGAAAACGCUCAUUCAAGAUCUUGCGUCCCACAACAAGCCGAUUAUUGUGCCUAAUUGCUUCGAGAAGUAUCCUGAUCAGAGCACUCAGAAACCCACAGAACGCCCUUAUGACUACAGUAACUGGCAAGACAGUGAAACUGCGCAAGAUCUUGCUAGGAAAAUGGGACCGGAUGAUAUUUUACUAGAAGGCUAUGCCGAGCUGGCUACAUACCGAAAUUUAAUGGUGUUUAUGCCCACCGACGAUGGUGAUCCCAGAAUGGAAAUAGAUCUUGAUGGGGUUGGGGGAACUGUCUUACUUGUGAAGGCAGAAGUACAUCGAGACGGUGCUAUGUUUCCGCCAUUUCCCUUUUACCAUUUGAUAGAGACAGAAGGGUUUGCCAAGAUGGCUAAACGAUUAGGCUGGAAUGCGACCGGCUUGCCUAACUACAAGGUUUAUCAUAACAACACUUAA